AUGGAGGAAGUUCACCUGUCCCCGAUUGCCGAUGUGAGCACACGAGUGUACGUGCGGGUCGGUCGCACGGCGACGAACGAAGACCGCGUCGCGGGCGGCAUUGUUGGACGCGUGAACAGCAACGGCACCCUUGGCGUUCUAAUGGACACUAAUAACUUUGAGGCGCAGGUGUCGCAGGACGACGUGAUUCUGGUGGAGGGGCGCUCCCGCUUCACGCAGGAAAAAGGCUAUACGGACAUGGUGGAGUGGAUUCGAAGCGCCGGUGUGCGCCGCCGCGCGGAUCGCGAGCGGCUGUGCUUCUUGCUCUACCAGCGGGGCUGGCGUGUCGAUAAACUGCACCUACUGGAGCCGAGCGACGUUCACUGCAUGCGGUACUUGAGGAAGUCGGUGCGAAUGAUGGUGCUGGAGAAGGCGGAGUGGCAGCGCGACCACCACGCGGAGAUGCGCGCGCUGCUGCGCGAGCGUGUGAAAGAGCGCGCGUGGCGGUACUUUAUUCAGAAGUACAGCGGCUUCGCCAGCGCGAACUGGGCCGGUCUCGGCGUCAUGUCCGUCUUUCUCUGGAACUUUAAAAGUUACAGGCGUCAGCAACGCUCUUUCCAGGUGAAGCACGCGGUCAACACCCUCACACAUACAGACCACAAGCACUCGAGAAGCCCGGCGGUGCCGCAGCAGUUCGUCGAGCGGGCGGGGGAAGAGAGAUGGACACGCCAAAUACUCCGCCAGCUUGACAACACCCACCCUCGUAUCGCCGUGGUAACUGGGUUCCGCGGGUGCGGCAAGAGCUCGCUGCUGCGCUCGGCGGUGCGCAAGGAGCACAAACCCGCUCUCUUUGUCGAAGUGCGUGGGGUUGAGGACACGCUCACCUGCAUCGUGAAGGCGAUGAAAGUGCCAAACCUGGAGUCGUGCGGGGACUAUCUGGAGUUCAUCACAGAUACCUUUACCAAGGCGGCGAAGAUCAACGGUGAGCCACCCAUCUUGGUUGUCACGCUGCGAGAGGGGAGCGAGUUGUCUCGGGUGUACAACGAGUCCGUCAUACUCGCUUGUGAUCGCCGGCUAUGUCACCUCGUUUACGAAGUUGCCUUGGAGUCGCUGUCGAUUUCGAAUGUGCUUCUGCCACGACUCGAUUUCUACUCAGUGCCGAACUUCAACGUUCGGCAGGCGCUCCAGUACACCGAACACACGGUGGACGCGGUGGCGAUGCAGAAUUUCAUUGAAACGAUAGGGACGAACAGCAACGACAUUGACGAACUGCUGGCAGCCAUUCUGCACCGCAGGGUCUCGAUAGCGGAGUACACCGAGCAGAAGCUGCGGAGGGCAAUGCGGCAGGUCGAGACCGCUUGGGCCGGCUCCGAGGAGCUGAGGGCUGCACUGAAGAAGCUGGCUGAGGCGGAGUACUUCGUCGGACAGGAGAGUGGCGCCAACGCGCUGCGCGAUCCGGCGCUGAAGGAGAUGGUGUUGUACGACCCGGUGAGCGAUCGAUGGGUGUUUACCCACAAGGUCUACCACACCGCAGCGCGCUGUUGUCUGUAG